UUCUUCACAGCCUUCUUGAGUUGACCCGAGAUCUGAAAAAGGCGCAAAAUGGUGGUCUCAUUUCCGGCUCUCCUGCGACCCUUCCGACUCUGUCGAUGGGACCCGACACCCUGGGCGCGAUUGGCAGGGCCUACAAAGCUGAGGACCGGUGACCCAAACUCUUGGGCCCCUGCCAGGAUGGCGGCGACGGUGACGCUGGAGCCCGCGGGCCGCUGCCGCUGGGACGAGCCGGUGCGCAUCGCCGUGCGCGGCCUGGCCCCGGGACAGCCGGUCACGCUGCGCGCGUCCCUGCGCGACGAGAAGGACGAGCUCUUGCCAGCCCACGCGCGCUACUGCGCCGACGCCCACGGCCAGCUGGACCUCGAGCGCGCGCGCGCGCUGGGCGGCAGCUUCACGGGCCUGGAGCCCAUGGGGCUCCUCUGGGCUCUGGAGCCCGAGAAGCCCUUGCUGCGGCUGGUGAAGCGGGACGUGCAGACGCCCUUCGCCGUGGAGCUGGAGGUGCUCGAUGGCCAUGACCCGGAGGCCGGAGGGCUCCUGGGCCGGGCGGUGCACGAGCGUGACUUCCUGGCUCCCGGGGUGCGGCGCGAGCCCGUACGGUCGGGCCGGGUGCGCGCCACGCUCUUCUUGCCGCCAGGACCUGCACCCUUUCCUGGGAUUGUGGACAUUUCUGGAACUGGACGUGGCCUUCCGGAAUAUCGAGCUAGUCUGCUGGCUGGGAAGGGUUUUGCUGUGAUGGCUCUGGCUUAUUAUAACUAUGAAGACCUCCCCAAGAGCAUAGAGAACCUCCACCUGGAGUACUUUGAAGAAGCUUUGAACUACCUGCUUAAUCACCCUCAGGUAAAGGGCCCAGGGGUAGGGCUGCUUGGGAUUUCCAAAGGAGGCGAACUCUGCCUCUCCAUGGCCUCGUUCCUGAAGGGCAUCACCGCGGCUGUCAUAAUCAAUGGCUCUGUGGCCAGUGUCGGUGGAACCUUACACUACAAGGGUGAGACACUGCCGCCUGUGGGUGUCAGCCGAAGUCGACUCAAGGUGACCAAAGAUGGACUAGCAGACAUUUUGGAUGUCCUGAACAGCCCUUUGGAAGGACCUGAUCAGAAGAGCUUCAUUCCUGUGGAAAGGGCUGAGUGUGCCUUCCUGUUCCUUGUGGGUCAGGAUGACCACAACUGGAAGAGUGAAUUCUAUGCUAAUGAGGCCUCUAAACGCUUGCAGGCCCAUAGUAAGGCGAAGCCCCAGAUCAUCUGUUACCCAGGGGCGGGACACUACAUUGAGCCUCCUUACUUCCCCAUGUGCCGGGCUUCCCUGCACACCUUGGUGGGCAGUCCUGUCAUCUGGGGAGGGGAGCCCAGGGCUCAUGCCAGGGCCCAGGUGGAUGCUUGGCAGCAGCUCCAGACUUUCUUCCACAAACACUUGGGUGGGGAAAAGGGGACAAUCCCAGGAAAGCUGUAAUCGUUUAUCCCGGGAACAGCUGCCACAAUUAGUGUAUAUGUGUAGUUUUUUUCUUUUAAAUAAUUACUUCAGUGUUAAAGUGAAUGCACCAAGAAAUUUUCAAGAUAUUUAUAAAUUACAUACUUUGUCAGUUGUUUGGGAGGAGAGUGAUUCUACAGAAAACACAACAGAUGGAGGAAGCAUUGCCCUUUAGUGCCUAACAACACACAACCGACAAGACUUUAGCUCUGAAAGGAAAAGAUUAAUACCUGGUACACAAUUGGUGCUCAGU